UGGUCAAUAAACAAUAAAACCAGCUUAGGCCGAAGCCCACCCAAUUCGAAGCCGCGCCACGACUAAUAUAAGGAGGCCAUGUCCAUGGCCAUGUGAUCGUUGCUUUGCUUCCUCCGUAAAAGCCUCUGGAAGUUGGACAACCAAACUCUUCCGCGUGCCGAUCGCCUCUUUCCUUUGCCCCGCCGCAUUCAACGCUCCUGUAACGGUCGGAAUCGGACUCGACGAAUAAAUCAACGCCACAAUGACUCGCCGAGAGAUGAACCUAGGUCGCCAUUGAUUUGCCGAACAAGAACGACGACAACAUGAGGCUGAUUCUCUUUCUUCUCGUUCUCUCUCCCCAACUCUCUCCCUUAUUGCGCCCCGCCUCCGCCAGAGGCGGCGAACGGGGCGGCAAUUCGUCAGGCUUCACGGGUCAUACUUACGUGGGUCGGAGAAGGCUUUUGCUUGAGGAAAAUCACCUUCAGAAACUUGAUAAGUUAGCGCAAGGGUACAUGUCUAAUUCUGAGCUUGAGAUGGAGGUUAAGUCAUUCGGUCAGAGAUGUGCUAACAUAUCCAGGAUAUACAGUAUCGGGAAGAGUGUCAUGGGAGUUCCACUGUGGGUGAUAGAAAUUUCUGACAAGCCUGGAGAGAAAGAGGCUGAACCUGCUUUCAAGUUCAUUGGAAAUGUUCAUGGGGAUGAACCUGUAGGUCGUGAGCUUCUGUUACUUCUAGCAAAUUGGCUGUGUGAUAAUUAUAUGAAGGAUCCCUUGGCAACACUGAUAAUAAAAAAUGUUCACCUUCAUGUACUUCCAUCAAUGAAUCCGGAUGGUUUUUCUCUAAGGAGGCGUGGUAAUGCAAACAACAUUGAUCUGAAUCGUGAUUUUCCAGAUCAGUUCUUUCCUAUGAAUGAUGAUGUGGAUGGGCGACAACCUGAAACAAAAGCAAUUAUGAACUGGCUGGAAGAGAUACGUUUCACUGCAUCUGCAAGUCUGCAUGGGGGAGCACUUGUUGCUAAUUAUCCAUGGGAUGGAACUCAUAACCAAACGAGAAAUUACUAUGGGUGUCCUGAUGACGACACAUUCAGGUUCUUGGCAAGUAUAUAUAGUCGCUCUCACCAUAACAUGUCUCUAAGUGAGGAAUUUAAAGGAGGAAUUACAAAUGGAGCAUCUUGGUAUCCUAUAUAUGGUGGUAUGCAGGAUUGGAACUAUAUAUAUGGUGGCUGUUUUGAGUUGACCUUGGAGAUCAGUGACAACAAAUGGCCUACUGCUGAUGAGCUUCCUAUGCUAUGGGAAUUCAACAAAAUGAGUAUGCUAAAUCUUGCUGCAAGCCUUGUGAAGACAGGAGUCCAUGGAAGGAUCUUUUCAUCAGAUUGUGGAGGGCCACUGCCUGCCUAUAUUGCAAUUAAGGAAAUAAACUACACGAUUAAAGCUAGCAAAGAGUUUGCUGAUUAUCAUCGCUUGCUUGUCCCAGGAGGGAGAUAUGAAGUGGUAGCCACAAUGCCUGGUUACAGAUCAAAGAGCACAUCCAUUUUAUUGGGAAAUGAAGCGGCAGGAGCAGUAGAUUUUAUUCUUGAUCCAGAAGUUGCUUCAGUGGGGAAUCAACUACGUUGUGGCUGUGACUGCAGCUGUGACAACAUGAGCAGGCACAAAUUGUUACUCUUUUGGUCAGGUCCCCAAUUGGAACUUUCAUUUAUUGGAAUUUUUCUUCUAAUGUUCCUUUGUUUUUUGUUGAAGAGGAGAACAAUAUUUAGUUAUUUCAAACAUAGACAGUCAAUAGGACCCAGAAGGUCUAGUGCAGCCUGAGUCUGUCUGUACAUGACGCUUAACAAAGAUGAUUAUUUUUAUUUAAUGGCCAUUAGUUUCCUCAA